AUGGCGGACGUCGCAGAUUGGACCCACCUCUCCCAGAUGGACCCGGAGUUUGAACAGUUACUCCAAACCCUUUCCGAACCACCUUCGCUCUCUGAUGUCCUCCCCUAUGGCAUCUCCACGAUGCGCACCCACCUUUCGGCCGCCAAGCAGGAGAUGAACGCCGAACUGGAGGGCGACGCGCACCUGGACGAGAUCUCCGUAUCCGACACCACGGUACCAGCCCGCGACGGCUAUCAGAUCCCUGUGCGGAUCUACAAGCCCCUCGCCGCCGACUCUUCCGGCCACCCUUUGAUCAUUCUUUUCCACGGCGGCGGCUUCUGCCUCGGCGGGAUCGAAAACGAGGAGCUGCUGUCACGUAAGCUGGCCGCGCCGCCGCUGCGCUGCGUCGUUAUCAAUGUCGACUACCGACUGGCGCCCGAGCACGUCUUCCCCGCCGCCGUGAACGACGCGUGGGAUGUCGUUCAGUGGGCCGCCGCCAACGCCACCACCCCCGCCCUCGCCCCCGCCAACCCAACAACCGGCUUCAUCGUCGGCGGCGUAUCCGCCGGCGCCAACCUCUCCGCCGUCGUCGGCACUCUGGCGCGGGACGCGGCGCUCACACCGCCUCUGACAGGGCUACUCCUGUCCGUCCCACCCGUCUUCAACUCGUACGACCCGCCGGCCGCCUUCGCCCCGUCGCUGCGCUCGCUCGAGCAAAACGCCAACGCGCCCGUGCUGGACCGCGCGGGCAUCGACGCCUUCUUCGGCGCCUACGCGCCCGACCGGGAGUCGCCGCUGUUCAACCUGUACACCGAUGGCAGCACGCGUGCGGGGUUGCCGCCCGUCUACUUCCAGGUGUGCGGGUUGGAUCCGCUGCGCGAUGAGGGCUUGGUGCUCGAGCGCGAGUUGCGCACCGAGCACGGCACGCCGACUAAGCUGCAGCUGUAUCCGGGCCUGCCGCACAGCUUCUGGAGUUUCUUCCCGCAGCUGCAGGCGAGCAAGCAGUGGCCGCAGGACACCCAGGACGGGGUGGAGUGGCUCUUGAAGACGACCAAGGAAUGA